GUGGCGGGCAUGAUAACAAACCUCGGGAGUUCCCACGCGGGGAGUGCCUCGUGGUGCGUGUGACGACGGCUCUUCACGGGCGGCGCCGGUCCAUUGCCUGGUCGGCCCGACCGAUGGCGCUGCUCCGGGGAAUGUGGGGCGCCCUAAGGGCGCUCGGGCGCUCGGGAGCCGAGAUGUGCACGGGCUGCGGGAUCAACUUGCGCUCGCCUGUCAGCCUUGUUUGUAUAUCUAAAUGCUUUUCAUCCAACUUCAGUAAUUAUCCAAAGAAACCUAUGAGUUCAUACCUUCGGUUUUCUACGGAACAGCUACCCAGAUUUAAAGCUCAAUACCCAGAUGCAAGACUUAUAGACUUAGUUAGAAAAAUUGCAGCUGUGUGGAGGGACCUACCAGAAGAAGAAAGAAAGGUAUAUGAAACAGAUUUUAAGGCAGAGUGGGAAAAGUACAAAGAAGCUAUGACCAGGUUUAAAGAACAGCUAUCACCAAGUCAGUUGAAGCUGUUGGAGAAAGAACUCAAGCAAAAACGUUUGAGAAAGAAAGCGAUACUAAGGAAGAAAGAAUUAACUAUGCUUGGAAAACCAAAAAGACCUCGAUCAGCAUACAACAUUUAUGUAGCUGAAAGCUUUUCAGAGGCUAAAGAUGACUCAGUUCAGGAAAAAAUGAAGAGUAUAAAUCAGACUUGGAAAAAUAUGUCUAGUGAAGAAAAGCAGGCAUAUUUUCAGCUUGCUAAAGAUGAUAAAAUUCGUUAUAAUAAUGAAAUGAAGUCUUGGGAAGACCAAAUGGCUGAAGUUGGACGAAGUGAUCUCAUCCGUCUAAGUGUGAAACGAUCAGGAAAUAACACGGCGAAUUAAGAGAGAAGAUGGGGUUGUCUUCGUAAUUAGGCAUAAGAAACUGACUAGGCCUCAACACCUUAAGUUGUCAAAUUAGCAAGGAUAAAGGUGGUUAACAUUUGAUAGUCAGCUCCUUAUUUUGUAUCCCAUGGACUUCAGCCUGUUGAGCACAUUUCUGUUAGUAUUUCAAGCCCUGACAGAGGAAGAUCAUGCCGCACUCUGCCUUUUGCGUAAGAACGGGAGUUGAGACUGUCCCUGCAUCUAAGUGUAGUGGUGACUCACUGCGUGUGAUAGAGGUAGAAAGGACUGUGAGUGACUUACACUGGUGACAGUUGCCUGUGGUUCUGUGAAAUUUUCACAUUGAUGACACAUUACAUGUGAGUGUGCCCCCUUGUGUCCUAGGGCCAGAGCUGCUUUCACAGGUGUGACAGAGCUGUGAAGUAACUGCAUUUUCAAAGAAGAUUCUAGUCUUAUUAGAUGAAGUGAUUUCUAGGCAUAAAUCAUGUAUAGAUUUGAUGUUUGUGUAUAUAUAAGUGAUUGUUGAUGUCAUGAUAGCAUUUUUUAAAUAGGAACAAAAGAUAUUUACAAAUCUUUUUCUUUUUCCUAAAGUAAAAACUAAGAAAUUAUGUACCAAGUCUAUGCAUAUUGUUUUCAUUGCAUAGAAUAAAAACUAAUUUUCCAAA